AUGGGUGAUCUAAUCAAGUUUAUUUUAAUACUAAUUUUUGAAAAUCCAGCAAUAUUUGUGUCGAUUUUAAUUUUUCAUCAUUUUGCUGUUCAUCAUGAAUCUCGUUCAAAAUUGAAAAAUCAUGGUUGGUUCAUUUUACUUCUUGUUAAUUUUAUUCAACUAACUAUUGAUUUACCGAUGCCUAUGAGUUUUUAUUAUAUAAAUCGAAUUUGGCCAAAAACAAAUGCCUACUGUGUAUGGUGGACUUGGUUUGAAUUUUCUUUAAAUACGAUUGGACUAUUUCUCAUGUCAUGGAUAUCCAUUCAACGACAUUUAUUUAUUUUUCAUCCACAAACCAUCUUUGAAAAUACAUGGAAAAAAUGGAUUUUGCACAUUUUACCAAUCAUAUUAUGUUUAAGUUGGACACCACUAUUCUAUUUUAUCGUUGUAGUUCUUAGUCCAUAUUGUGUUACGAUUUGGGAUUUUAAUUCAGUGAUUUGUGGUAUUCCGUGUUAUUUUACUGCGAAUUUUAUUGGUCAAUUUGAUUUUAUUUUUAAUAUUGCAUUUCCUGUAAUGAUGAUCAUGUUUGCCAAUGUUACAUUGAUUGUUCGAGUUAUUUAUCAGAAACGAUCGCGUCAUCAAACAAUUCAUUGGCAACGUCAUCGUCGAAUGGUUUUACAACUUUGGAUUGUUUCAUCACUUUACAUGGCGUGUUGGCUACCAAUGACAAUAACACAACUUAUUCAAAUUACUCUCAUGCCUUCAUUUAUGAUGGAUCAACUAGAUAGAAUUCUUUUCAUUGUCUAUUUCACGCCACUUUUAUUACCAAUCAUAUGUUUAAGUGUUUUACCAGAACUAUUGACGAAAAUACGCAGUUUCAUUCGGAAAUCAACAAGAGUCAAUAGAGUUCACGUUGUUGCUUUGACUGGACAGAUGAAACGAACGACAGCUAAGAUUACUAUUCGAUGA